AUGUGGUGAAUGAAUGGCUUGAACCAUAAGUCGGAGCCUACUGUGCAUGUGCGUCCGAAAUGAGGCGUACACACUGAACUGAUUUAUCGCACAGCACCGCCUCUUCAAUAUUGGGAAUCGACCCCAUCUACAGGCAGCCGAGCUUCCAUCAUUUGUAAUGCAAAGCUCAUUGAUGCUAUUGCAAUACUUGCAUGGCAGUCAAUGUGGUACAUUAUUGUUUCCAAUCGUGUUUUUAUAUUUCCAUGUUGUUUUAAGAUUCAACCACUGGCGCCGUUUGGGUUUAUUGGAUUUUUCCCCGAAACUUUUUAAUCAACUUUCUAACCAUCGUACAUUUUUUUUGAGUGAGUGUUUGACUAACGGUCUGGGGUAAGCCUAUAGCACAAACGGGUGCAGCAGCUAUCCCUAUAGUUUUUAUCACAGUGUCGGCGUCUAUCCAUGAAUACCGUUGGAUUCUGUUCCCGGAAUGCCUCUGCGUAAAAUCCGCGUCUUAGCUUCCAUUGCGCGCCCGACUGAGCCACCAAAUGACAUUCCUUCACGAAGAAUUCUGCUUACGAGUCCUAACCUACUGUUGAGGUUAGAAUGAGCUUUUCUGGUAGGUUGUACAAAUAGUGGGACGACAUGGAUAUUGUCACAAAGUCUUCAGAAGAUUCGAGUUAUCUGUUGUCCAGAGCAUCUUCGUUUUUGCCGGCGACUAUCCUAGCAAACUCCUCGAAGAGACGCUUUGACAAGCUGGGAAGAAUGCCAAGCAAUGGCUCUCAACGGUCUGGCUCCUCCAGUAGCUCCUCCACCAGGUCGGGCGAGGCCGUGAAGCUCCGCCCUCCCGGGAAGACCCAGCGCCAUCUGAACCGCUUCUCUGGGGUCUUCCUCCGGGGCGCCGACCCCCCCGGCCCCCCCAUGGCCCUGCCGGCCAGCCUGAGGCCCUCCCUGUCAGGCCACCUCCGGAAGGGCAGCGUGAGUCCGGGAGACGGCCCGGGUGUGGCUGAAGACCCCUCAGAGCUGUCCACCCAGAAGACCGCUCCCGGGAUCCUGAAGGUCUUUGGCAGCGAGAUCUGCGAAGGGGCCCACUACAAGAGCGUGCUCGCCACCACACACUCCAGCGCUAAGGAACUCGUGAAGGAAGCCCUCGAAAGGUACGGCCUGGGGAAGGAGGAGGCCCAGUCCUACGUCCUCUGCGACUCCAUCGGCUCCGUCGUCGGGGGCAGCCAGUGGGAGACGGAGGCCUUUCGGGUCGUCGGGGACAACGAGAAGCCUCUCCUCCUGCAGUCGCUAUGGAAACCCAGAGAGGGGCUGGCGCGGCGCUUCGAGAUCCAGAGGCGGAGCUGUGUGGACGAGAAGCGGUCCAAGGAGAAAGACACAGUCACCGCCGGUAUCAACGCCCAGGCCCGCAGGCUGCAGAAGAGCCGCUCCCGGGUGGCCUCCACCCUCUUCGAGAAGGCCAGUGGCCUCCGGGGGCCCAGCCUGUGGAGGAGCCGGAGCGAGAUGGACCUGCUGGACGUCCCCGCCGAGCCGCAGCCUCAGCCUUCGACACCUCCACCACCUCCACCGCCCCUCCACCUCCACCAGGCCGACCACAACCACAACCACAACCACAACCACAAGCAGAACCACAAGCAGAACCAGAACCACAGGCUGGACCGGAACCACAACUCUGCCCCCAACACGAGGGGCCGCGGCCUGAAUGCCGCCCCCCCCGCUGGGAGGGGGCGAGAGGAGCAGCUGAGGGGGGAGGGAGGGGGGAGAGGGGAGUCGGAGACGGAGAGCAGCGAGGACAGCGGCACGCGGUACACCGUCCGCCCGCCCCGGGACGGCCCGUACCUGCUGCUGCUGAGGGGCUACCGGCCGCUGGAGGAGUUUGUGAUCUACCUGGUAACGGGACCGAGCACCGUGAUUGGCCGAGGCAGUGAGCAGCAGGGUGAAGGGUUGAAGGUUGACAUCCCUCUGUUCGCCCCUGACAUCUGCGCCCGGCACUGCUGCCUGCGACGGAGGGGGGGCCCCGGGGGGCCGACUCUGCUCCGGCCCCGCGGCGAUGCCCUGGUGACCUGCAACGGGGAGGUGCUGGAGAAGGAGGCGGAGCUUCACCCCGGUGAUGUCAUCGGCCUGGGACAGUCCUACCUGUUCCUCUUCAAGAACCCCUCCGCCGUGGCGUCCGAGGACGUGACCGAUGCCCAUCAGGACACCCACAUGCCCGGCAUGCCCUGUCUCCUGGCCGACGCCCAAUCCACCGCCGGCCCCGCCUCCAGCCCCGCCCCCUGUCCCGGCCCCGACCCCGGGCAGCGGACCCUCUGCCCCCGCUGCCUCUCAGCCCGCCCCCGCCCCGCCCGUCCCGGCGUGAGGUGGUCCCUCACAGGCUGCCCCGCCGCCCUGAGGGACGCCGAGGGCCGCGGUCUCACCCUGACCCACGGCCCCGGGGAGGAGGGGGCGGUCGUCAUGGAGACGGUCGCCAUGGGCACCGACGGGCCGCCGCUGACCACGGCCUUCCUGAUGAGCGUGUGCGUGCAGUCGGCGGCUGCGCGGGGCGACGCCACCGACCUCCGCAGGCUCCUUCUGCUGGUGGCGGCGAACGCGCAGAACGCCGUCUGGGAGUGCAGCAACCAGCUCGCUGAGGCCCAGGCUGAUGGGGACGCGGCCGCUGAAGGGAGCGACUUGGUGCAGCGGCGGUGGCCGGCUCUGGACCAGGCGCUGGCGGCGCUGCGCCCCCUGGUGGUGUGGAUGUCCAACGGCCUGGAGCUGCUGCAUGUGCUCCAGACCCAGCUGCCCCCCCUGCUGGACUGGAGGACCCGGCGGGAGCGGGGGCGGGGCCGUGGGGAGGAGGAGCCCGGGGACCAUGGCGACGGGCAGGAGGCGGAGCUUUCAGCACUUCUGGACCUGCGGCGGGCGUGUGUGCGCACGGCGAGCGAGGAGGCGGUGGCGGUGCUGGAGGAGAUCGUCAUGCUCACCUUCCAGCAGUGUGUUUACUACGUCACCAAGAUCCUGCAUCCCAUCCUACCGGCCGUUCUGGAUGACGACCCGUUUGCAGACAGCCCCUCCUCCACCCAGACGAUCCAGGGGGGUGUGGGAGGCAGCAGGGAGCCCCAGGGGGUGGUGGGGGUCCAGGGCGUCCUGGAGGUGCUGGGCUCCACCCAGACGCUGCUCCAGGAGUGCGAGGUCCACCCGGAGGUGGGGUCCCAGCUGCUGGCCUACCUGCUGUACUUCAUCAACGCCUCGCUGCUCAACACGCUCAUGGAGAGAGGUCCGGAGGCGGGGUUCUACCAGUGGUCCCGGGGGGUCCGGAUCAGGGCCAACCUGGACGUGCUGCUGGACUGGGUCCACGCGUCGGGACCCCCCCCGGGGCAGCUGGCCCCCGAGCACCUCCACACCCUCUCCGCCGCCGUCAACCUGCUGGCCACACCCCGCCACAUCCUGCUGCAGACAUCAUGGGCCUCCCUGCGUGCGGACUACCCUGAUCUGAGGGAAGCCCAGCUGCACCACCUGCUGGUCCACUACAGCCCCUCCCCCCCCACCCCCCAGGCCUGGACCCCAGCCUCCCCGGGCCCCCAGCAGGCCUGGAUCCCGGUCCCUGGAGACCUGGAAGCGGUCCUCCGUACCGCUGACAUUUUGGAGAGCUUUGACACCCAGCACCCACUGGUGCUGCCAGGGGAGGGCUACCACCUGGGGGCGGGCGCAGCCGUGACGGACAGGGCCCUCAGCCAACAGCUGGGCCGCCUGCAGGACUUCAUCUCCCGCUUGUCAGACACGCCGUCCAAUAAGGAGACGGCAAGCACCAAACCCCAGGAGCGGGUCGUUCCCGCCCAGGCCAGGCGGGUCCGCAUGGCGGUCCUCCCCCGACCCAGCCUGGAGGUCAUCGAGGACUCCUCGCCCCUCAGGUCUCUCCCGCCCCGCCCGCCCCCCCCGACCGUCGCCCCCUCUCCUCCUCCCCCUGUCUGCGGCCCCCCGGACGACCCCGACGACCUGCUCCUCCUGUCCCGGAAGCUGCAGAUCCUGGAGCCCGGGAGCGAGGAGGAGGAGGAGGAAGAGGAGGAGGUCAGGGGAGGAGGUGGGCGCGAGGAGGAGAGGGUGGGGAGUGUCUGGAGGUCAUCGACGGCGGUGGCGUCCCGUCUCCUCGCCCCCCCCAGCCCCCCCCGCGACAUUGAGCUGGUCAUCACCGAGGAGCCGCCCCACACAGGGGAGGCGGAGGGGGAGGAGAGGGAGGAGAGGGAGAAGGCCGUCUGGCUCUCUGCCCCGGAGGAGGUCCACGAGGAAGGCAGCCUGGUGUCGGAAUUCCUGGCGGCGUUGACGUCGGACCGGAGAUCAGUGAUCGGAGCGCUUAUGGAAGAGGAGGAGGAAGAGGAGGAGGAAGAGGAGGAGGAGGAGGAGGAGGAGGACCUGGUCUUCAGUCUGGAGCUGGAGCGGGGGGAGCGGGGGCUUGGCCUGGCUCUGGUCGACGCGCGGGACCCCUCUCUGAGGACAACGGGGAUCUUCAUCCGGGCCGUGAUCCCGGACUCCCCUGCCGGCCGCUGUGAGAAGCUGGUCCCGGGGGACCGUAUCCUGGCCGUGAACGGGACCAGUCUGCUGGGGCUGGACCUGGACCUUGGUAAGGAGCUGAUCCAGGCUUCAGGCAACAGACCUAGAUUACUGGUGGCCCGCUCUGAUUGGACGUCUAGGGGUCUGCACUCAAAAUGCUGAAUGGCUUCAUCGCACUGGGGUGGUUUUUUUUACACCUCCAAAAAAAUCGCAGACACCAUGAAUCUAAACACUAACUUAAAAAAGUUACACCUCAACAAACUCCAGACGCAGUGAAGAUAAAUAAGGUAUUAGGGAUUGGUGUUUAGACAUGAAGAUUGAAUUGCACUAUUUUCGUUUGCUUGUGUUUUAAGAUGAUGUGGAGAAUGAGGAAGGCCCUCACAGCCGCCAGUGUUCAUUAGAUAGUUGUAACAAUGUCAGUUUCACACCGCACCGAGGUGGCGAUAACUGCGCUCCUCAUGAUAACAGACACAGGGUGGUGGGGGUCAGACUCGGACAGGUGUGGCUGCUUCAACCAGCCAUCCUCCACGCCUUAGUGUUUCAGUGCCGUUCCGUUCUACUUCUGCUUGAUCUAGAGGCCAUCGGGUGUCAUUUUUCUGUUGAAUGCUGUCAAUUACUAAAGCUAUUUCAAAACUAAACCAACACAUACAAAGAGCUCGCCUUAAAUAUUUGUGAAGGAUUCCUUCAUUUUUAAUUUUCUUUUGAAUUACGAAACUUUCACCGCAGCCUUCCAUUUCAUUGAUUGCUUAUUUGAAUCCCUGUAUCAUAGUCCUCCAUCAGCCGCCACUCUAAACCGCUUCUAUGUUUAAAGCUAAACAGAGUUCCACCUCACCCCCUCUCCGCCCUAACCACUAACACCCCCAUGUGACCGACCCAGGAGAGUACUCCUGUUUCGGGUUCACACAGCAAAUUGCUUUAGAAAUGACAAAGAAAAACACCAUUUUAAAUCCCCUUAAAGUAAAAGUAAAUGGCUGGCAAUGAAAAUCUCCAUAAGGUAUUAACUCCUGAAAAUGCUGGCCCGUCUUCAUCGGGUGUUUUGUCCUGACUCAAAUGUGUUUGUGUUCAUUUUUUAAAUGACUGAAGUAUGGUUUGUCUUGUGUCUUUGUAUGAGUCUUAGUACUUAUUUACUUCCUCUUUCCAUUGCUUUAUUCAAUUGAUAAUAAAAAUGUCCUCAAUUACA